GGGCCGGGCGGAGGCAGCAGCGCCGCGCGGUGCCUCCCGCGGUCGCUCCACUCUCCACCCGGCCGCUGCCCUCGAGGGACAUGGCCCCCUGGGAGAGGCCUUGAGGUCAACGCGGGCCCGAGGGUCGGGGCACCGACUUUCCGGACAUUUAAGUGGGAAAGGGCUGCUCUCAAAGUGGAUUACCCCAACUCCUCCGGGGGCGGGAAGCGGGGACCCUCCCCCAGCCGCAAAUCCUCAAAGAAAUCCUCGAUAGAAGAGGAGGAAGAAGAUGGAGAUUCUCGGUCCUCAGAGUCCCCUACCAAUUGCUUCGGCUUCGUUGCCUACUCUGUGAACUCCGGGGAGAAAUCGCGGGUUAAAGUUAAAUCCCAUCAGCCUCUUUAUUCCAGCACCUCCCCCUCCGAACGCUCUGGGUCCCCCACACCAUCGCCCUCGCCCAGAAAGCUCCGUUGCUUGGACCAGCGAGAUACUACUGAGUCGGAGGAGAGGCACGAACACAGCUCUAAAAAGAGGAGGGCUAGAGAGGGCAACCCCAACUGUACAUUUAAUUCUCUGUGGCUGGGAACACCUUCCACCAUGGCCACCUCAGCAAGCUCCCACUUGAACAAAGGCAUCAAGCAAAUGUACAUGUCCCUGCCCCAGGGUGAGAAAGUCCAAGCCAUGUAUAUCUGGGUUGAUGGUACCGGAGAGGGGCUGCGCUGCAAGACCCGCACCCUCGACUGUGAGCCCAAGUGUGUAGAAGAGUUACCUGAGUGGAAUUUUGAUGGAUCUAGUACCUUUCAGUCUGAGGGCUCCAACAGUGACAUGUAUCUCAGCCCUGUUGCCAUGUUUCGGGACCCCUUCCGCAAAGAGCCCAACAAGCUGGUGUUCUGUGAAGUUUUCAAGUACAACCGGAAGCCUGCAGAGACCAAUUUAAGGCACACAUGUAAACGGAUAAUGGACAUGGUGAGCAACCAGCACCCCUGGUUUGGAAUGGAACAGGAGUAUACUCUCAUGGGAACAGAUGGGCACCCUUUUGGUUGGCCUUCCAAUGGUUUCCCUGGGCCCCAAGGACCGUAUUACUGUGGUGUGGGCGCAGACAAAGCCUAUGGCAGGGAUAUCGUGGAGGCUCACUACCGUGCCUGCUUGUAUGCUGGGGUCAAGAUUACAGGAACAAAUGCUGAGGUCAUGCCCGCCCAGUGGGAAUUCCAAAUAGGACCCUGUGAAGGAAUUCACAUGGGAGAUCAUCUCUGGGUGGCCCGGUUCAUCUUGCAUCGGGUAUGCGAGGACUUUGGGGUGAUAGCAACCUUUGACCCCAAGCCCAUUCCUGGGAACUGGAAUGGUGCAGGCUGCCAUACCAACUUUAGCACCAAGGCCAUGCGGGAGGAGAAUGGUCUGAAGCACAUCGAGGAGGCCAUUGAGAAACUAAGCAAGCGACACCAGUACCACAUCCGAGCCUACGAUCCCAAGGGGGGCCUGGACAACGCCCGUCGUCUGACUGGGUUCCACGAAACCUCCAACAUCAACGACUUUUCUGCUGGCGUUGCCAACCGCAGCGCCAGCAUCCGCAUUCCCCGGACUGUCGGCCAGGAGAAGAAGGGCUACUUUGAAGACCGACGCCCCUCUGCCAAUUGUGACCCCUUUGCAGUGACAGAAGCCAUCGUCCGCACGUGCCUUCUCAACGAGACUGGCGACGAGCCCUUCCAAUACAAAAACUAAGUGGACUAGACUUUGAUCUUGAGCCCUUCCUAGUUCAUCCCACCCAUCCCAGCUGCCUCACUGUAACUCAAAGGAUGGAAUAUCAAGGUCUUUUUAUUCCUCGUGCCCACUUAAUCUUGCUUUUAUUGGUCAAAAUAGAGGAGUCAAGUUCUUAAUCUCUAUACACCCAACCCUCAUUUCUUUUCUAUGUAGCUGUCUAGUGGGGGUGGGAGGGGUAGGGGAAGGGAAGGUAACCACUGCUUCAUCUCAUCAGGAAUGCAUGUCCAGUAGGCAUAGCUGCCACAAAGCAGGUGUGUUUGUGGAGGAGGACUUUUUCUUCAGGAUAGUUGAAAGAGCAGGUCCACUGCUUGGAUUGAUUGACAUUUCCCCGUAGGUAGAGAGCUGUUAGUUCUUCAGGUAAAACCACUUUCUAUUCCAAAUGGAAGUUAGGUGAGGAGGAGUUGAGGGAGUUCAUACCCUCCAUGAAGACAGCUCCAUUUAUCACCUGACAGAUGGAUAGCCCUACUGUAAAGGAAGGAAGUUAUUUCUGGGUCCUCCGUUUAUAACACAAAACAGAGUAGUAUUUUUAUAUUUAAAUGUAAAAACAAAAGUUAUAUAUAUGGAUGUGUGGAUAUAUGUGUGUUUCUAAUUGAGAAAACCAUCCUAGUCACUGGGUUUGCCAAGUUUAAUGAAGAACUUGGUUACAAGUAAGGAUUUCUUGAGUAGGGGUGGGGGGGUGCAGUACCAGGAAAGGUGGUUAUCUGGGGCUCAGCUGCUUCAUUACUAUGUGGGGUUUUCUUGCCCACUCUGCAGGAGCAGAUGCUGGACAGGUAGCAGGUGGGACACCAGUGCUUGCCACCACCUGUCCCCAUGCAUAGGCUAAGAUGCAUAUGUAUCCACACACGAGUUAGCAGAAUGAGUUGACUGGUCAACUUGAACAUUGUUACUGAUAGGGGUGGGUGGGGAUGAUUUUUGGUGGGACUAGCAUGUCACUAAAGCAGGCCUUUUGAUAUAUUAAAUUUUUUAAAGCAAAACAAGUUCAACUUUUAAUCAACUUGGUAGGUUUCUAACUUUAUAGAGUUGUCUGUUUGUUUCAGUGUCUCCUUCCACUUUGUCUUGGAGGAAUGGAGGACAGACGGGCCUGAAGUUAAAACAUUUGUCAUUUUGUGUCCUAGUGUCUUCUUUCUCCCAACAGAAUAUUCCUUUCCUCCUUAGCAGUCCUCUGGAGUGUUGUUGUUGUUGUUUUUCUUUUAUAAUAAACAUACCCCACCUCCAUCCCGGCUUGCCCUGCUGCUCUCUGGUUGGUCGUGUGCCGUCCGCAGCGGGCUGCCUGUGGUUUUCUCUUGCCAUGACGACUUCUAAUUGCCAUGUACAGUAUGUUCAGUUAGAUAACUCCUCAUUGUAAACAGACUGUAACUGCCAAGAGCAGCGCUUAUAAAUCAACCUAACAUUUA